AUGGUUCAACCAACGAUAUCUAAACAAAAGUCAAAAAUCCGACUCAGAUUAGGACUCACACCACCCAAACCCAAAACCAAACAAAAUCAACAACAACAACAAAUCAAACCUCAAUUUCAGCCUCAGCAGUAUCACUCCCAAAAUCAACCAACACAUCUUUCACCUAAUUUCUCUACUGCCAUUCACAUUCACAAUACUGCAAAAACAAUAGUAGAGAAUGGAUUGAGUUCAUCAACUUCAACUUCCGUUUCGGGAGUUUCACGUGCAGAUUCGAGAUCUGCUUUUACAUAUGAUUCAUUUACACCUUCACCUUCACCCCCCAAUAAAGAUUUCGAUACUAUAUCAUAUAACACGAUAUCACCUGAAUCUAUUGCUUUCACUUCUCGUAUCCAUGAUGAGAAUCAUCCAAACCAAUCUUACGCCACUCUUGUAACUGAGACCAGUGAAUCGCAAGAUGAUGAAGAGGCGAUUUAUCAGUCGUUCACUAAUCAAUAUUUCAAUCAAGAUCAAGAUCAGGAUCACGCAUAUAAUUAUGAUUACGAUUACCAAAAUCACAAUGAUCAUCGUAACCAAAUUCCCCAUAAUCAAGAACAUGCUCACUACGGUGAACGAACGGAAGAACAGGAAAAUACAUUACUUGCCACAAAUCACUUCCAUCUACAUCAUCAACACAGUCAUCCAAACAUAUACAAAAUAGCGUCUGGAACAGAUGACAUAUUCUCUUUAACAGAUCAACAAUUAUCAAAUAGGUUUACAUUUAUCUCUGAGAUCGGAUUCGGUAAUUGGGGUUCAGUAUGGUUAUGUAAACCAAAAAACCUAAAAUCAGCUUCAAGUUUCAAUGAAAAUGGAGUCAUUGUUAAAUUAGGUAAAAAAGCUGCUACUUCAGGUGGACUGGGUGCGAGUGGUAAAGUUGCUGUUAAAUUAGUUCACCGAUCGAGAACUCCUGCUACCUCCGCCAGAGUAAGAGCUUUAUGGGGUGAGAUGAAAAUUUUCAGAUCAUUGAGACAUGAACCUCAUCCUAGUAUAAUCCGAUUUGAAGCUUUCGUCAUCACUCCAAGUUACGCACUUGUAAUCAUGCCACAUCUUGCUCGGCUCAUUCCCGUUUGUCUCUCACCUCCAACUGCCACGCCGUAUUUCCGACAAUUGGCAUCUGCAGUUGGAUAUCUUCAUGAGAGAGGUAUCACUCAUAAUGAUAUUAAACCUGCCAACGUGCUAUUAAGUCACAAUGAUAUACCUGUAUUGGUUGACUUUGGUUUCGCUCAACGAUGGGAUGUCGGAGUCAGAGGUAGCUUCUUGAGUUCCAUCUCCUGGGGUACACCCGAGUACCUCGACCCGAUACGAGCACAAGGUAUGCCUCAUGAUGAGCGUGCUUCUGACAUUUGGUCCCUUGGAAUCACUAUGUUCGAAAUCCUCAUGGGCAGAACACCUUUCGAGACUGACGAGGAAGAGGAGUUUUCCACUCCUGAAGAGCUCUUGAUCUACUAUGAGAGAUCUAAGAGAGGCGAAUGGGUCGGUGAUUGGUCAAUGCCCGAAGGUCUUGAGAACUUGCUUCGACAUAUGAUCAAUCCUGAUCCUGCUUAUCGAAUCUCAGCCAUGCAAGCAUAUCAUCACCCAGCUUUACAACCUUCUGCUCCCAGUGUUGUCGUCACUCCCAACUUUGUCAAAGCUGCAACUCUCGAAUAUUCAGAUUACACGGAACCUGUUCCUGCACCUCCAGCCGAAUACAUGGAAGCCGUCGAAGCCGCCAAAGCUGCUGCCGCUAUUGAGAAAAAGAAGAAACGUAAGACCAAGAAGGACCAAGCUCAAAGACAUUCUCAUCGAGCUGCUACUCCAGCUUUGGGAGAGUCGAUCAAACAACAUACCAGUGUCUCGAAGCCAAAACGGACAGACCAACAUGCCGAAGACAAGGAAAAUACCGAUGUUGUGCUCGAAAAAUCAUUCAGCAGACUUGUCAUCAGGAAGAGAGAAGAGGACAUCAAGGACGAUGAGGAAGAUGAUCCCACUCCUACCAAGGUCCUCAGGCCUGCCCAGCCUCUACGAAUUAAGGAACUAUCCCUUAUUGCCGACAAAAAGGUGGUCCCAAGGAUAUCAAACUCUCAUCUCACCAAUCUCUCUCGACCCAGUUCGGCUACCAGUCAAUGUACUGCUCAUGCAGUCAUAUCUCAUUCCUCAUCGAGUGCUACAAUCAAAGACAAACGUGUUUCCAUCCUUUCCUCAACCUCAACCGUACCUAAAUCCAAGGAGGAAGCAGUCCUCAAAACUAUGCGGUCGUUGGAAGGUACACGAAAACUUGUGCAUGGUCACGAUAAGAAGGAUAAAGCCUGCGAGGCUUUGGCUGCAGUCAAACGACAAGCUCCGGAACCUCCAAGACCCAAGUCUCUCGAUUCCGUUGUUCAGCUCCAGUCCAAGAAAGAUGAUGAAAGGAGAAGUCUUGGUAUCGAUAGAGCUGUUCUCGUCGAGGUCAAAGAAGAUGAAGUUGAUAUCACCGUCAAAGAGGGUGGAAGAGAGGUUGACACCGUCGUGCACUUCAACGAACGAUCCAAGGUGGACCGAUCAAGCGUCCCUGCUGUACCAAUGUCACCUCCUCGUGCUCAACGUUCGUCAGCCAACCGAAUCCCAACACCCUCUCCACAGAAGGUGCGAAGAACAGGUCGAAUUCCUCAUGCAGAAAUGGACACCGUUCGAGGCAAGAUGUUCCCUGCUUCAGACGACGAGUCACCUCUUGCCGAGCUUCGCGAAAAGAUAGUGACGUCCGAUCAAGAAAGCUCCACCCGAUACAGAGAGGUCUCAGGAGACCUAAUGGAGACUUUAAAAUCCUCUCCUUCACUUAAAAAGAGAUCCGAUGCUACUCCAUCCGAAUAUUCUCUGAAGACUGAAAUAAGGAACUCGGUAGAUUCCACAACGUCUACAUCAAUGAGCCAAGGUCUAUCAAGAGCCAGAUCUGUUGAAGCGUUAGACAAGAUGUCAUCAUGGAUCAGAUCUGUCGAAGGUAUCAUUGAGGACGCUAGGAAAGCUAUAGCCGAGGGUAGAGAACCACCUUUACCCGUCUUGUCUUUACCUAAAGAGAUUGUCGACAAUACAGAAGUCGUCACUCAUACCUUCGGUGUGACACCUGAGAAGAACUCCAUUCCAGCUCAUCUGAGAACCAGCUCUGUUCAAGUGGAACCUGCUACACCACCAAAAUGGCCUGUCCAAAUGGAUCUUCGAGAAGCUGAAGAGAAAGUCAGAUUAGCCAAUAAAUGGCUAGAAGACCAAGGUAGAAAGGGCAAGAAAGAUAGACCUUCUGUAUCUCAAGUGCUCAAACUGUUCGGUUCAGACAAAGAAAGACCUUUAUCGGGAUCUAGAUCUAAUACUCCCGAUCCUGUUCACCUCGUCGCCCUCAAGCCUCCAGCCUCUGCGUCAUCCCAAACACUUCGAGGAGCACCUUCCACUCCUGCACUCCGAUCUUCAUCCACUCGAUCACACACUAAAGUACCAAUGAGGAAAUCUGAAUCCAAUUUACGCAACUUCAACACCAUGCCAACUAUCCCUUCCACCUCAUUCACCGCUGGGCCAGAAUAUGAUCCAUUGGAAGAUGAAGAGGAUUCUGAUAAACCUAGGAGAGUGAUGUUUGAGAACAUGCUUUCUACUCAACCUGGAGUAAUCAGACAAGGCGAUGGAUGGGGAAGUCUUUCAUCAGGAAGAGGGUUCAUGAAACCUUCAUCUUCAAUGGCAUCUUUACGUGAGCGGGCAAGAGCGAUUUUGGGUGACAACACCAAAUCAAACGAUCCUACCAAGACUCAUCAUAGACUUGAAAAGAGAUCUUCUAAGUUGAAUAUCAAUGUUUCAUCAGACAAAGAACUUCCAUCAAAUAGACCAGGUACACCUGCUGCUCAAAGCGUUUUAACUAUGAAGACCGAUGGUGGACAUAAAAAGGGAUGGUUGAAAUCGCUGAAAGGUGCUAUGGGAAUGGGCAAGAAGAUGGAUAAACUGGAAGAGGGUUUAUAA